AUGAUUUCUCAAGCCCUUGGUGCAGUCGCCCUGGCUGUAUCGUGCUUGGUGUCAAUCAGCACGGCGAUUACAUAUUCUCCCGUGCAGCCUCCAUCGUAUCCCUUGGCCGUGCGAAGUCCUUAUCUAUCAGGUGUGUCGUGGAUCCCCGGUAGCGAAGCCGUAUCACUUCCCAGAAACAGUGCGCAGUUCUGGGCAGGCAAUACGUUGACCUGGUCGGUAAUUGCACGCGUGGAUGGCACCUCGUACAAUUUGUUCGGUGUAGCAAACCCCCUCGGAGGCACCACGGCGGCCACCGUGACCGAAGCCACCUAUACCUCGACCCAUUCGACCUUUCUUGUGACUGCUGGAUCGCGACGGUUCACGCUCGACUUCUUCUCGCCCGUCUCACCCAAAAACUACCUCCGCCAGUCACUGCCCUUUUCAUACCUGACAGUGACCCUGGCCGCUGGCAAUUCCAGCUCGGUCCAGAUAUAUUCCGACAUUGACUCGACAUGGACAGGCCAGACCAGCGAUUCGACUUGGAGCCAUACCACGAGCGGAGCGGCGAGUGUGUUCCAGAUCGUAGGCACAUCAGUCUCCACUCAGUCCGGCCCCAUCUCCACCGUCCGAAAGCGAUUUGUCAACAACGGUACGCUCAGUAAUACUUAUGCGGACUGGACUGCGGGGGGUGUCGUGGCAUUCUCGCACAACUUGGGCACCACCGCGGAUGAAACCGCGGUGACAUUUGCUAUUGGUCACGUGCGAGAAGAGUCGAUCAACUAUUUGGGCGCGGCUCAAACCGGUUAUUAUCGCGCCACUUACAAGGACACCCCCGCCGCUGUGGCUUACUUCCUCGAGGACUAUGAGGAUGCGAACGCCGAGUCCAGCAAACUCGAUGACCUCGUACAGUCGACUGGUGCAUCCAGCUAUGGGUCAAACUACUCCGACAUAUUGGCUCUUUCGGUGCGCCAGACCUACGGCGGAAUCGAAAUCACCAUCCCCAACGAAUCGCUGGAUACUAGCGACACGCGUGCAUUCAUCAAGGAGAUCUCGAGUGAUGGCAAUAUCAACACCGUUGAUGUGAUCUACGCCACCUUCCCCAUUUUCUAUAUUCUGAGUCCCGAGUACCUGAAAUUACUCCUUUCUCCUAUCUUCGACUACAUGGCUACCUCGGCCUACACCAAGAACUAUGCGGUGCAUGAGAUUGGGGCAAAUUACCCAAAUGCAACCGGACAUCCGGCCGAUGGCGAAGAAAUGCCCAUUGAAGAGAGCGGCAACGUAAUCUUCCUUGCCUACGCUUAUCAGAAAGCCACGGGUAAUACCGACUUCGCGACGACAUACGCUGCUCAGCUCAAGAAAUACGCUACCUAUCUGCAGGAGAAUGGCCUAUAUCCCGCCACGCAAUUGUCGCUUAACGACGCGCUGGGUGCGCUCGCCAACCAGACCAAUCUCGCAAUCAAGGCUGCCGUCGGCUUGGCAACCUAUGGUGCUCUCACUGGAGAUACAAGCUACACCACCUACGGGAUCACCCCCUGGUUCCUGGUCUACAACCACUAUCCGGAUCUGUUGUUCGGUUUGAACGCCUUCCCCGAGGAGGCUUAUAACGCGACGACUGAUUUCUAUCCGACCGUUCGCCAGACGGCUGGUGUCCCCCUGGAUGGCUCUCUUGGCUGGGGUCAGACGAACUGGCAGUCUUUUGCAGCAGCUACAGUUAGUGGUGAUGCUCGGGACAUUUUCAUUAGUGAUCUGCACGCGUACAUGUCAAAUGGACUGAACAGUGCUCCUUUCUCAGAUCGUUAUUGGGUUGAGGCGAGUGGAUCGUACUCAGCCGGGGAAUCAUAUUCGUUCCGUGCGCGGCCGACACUUGGCAGUCACUUUGCCCUGGCUGCUCUGUCGGGAGCUAAUACUUGGUCUUACUGA